AUGUGGAAGGGCACGACGGACGCGUCCAAUGGCGACCAGCUGCAGCCUGAAGUACCUCGCGACGACGCAGCCUCGGGACGGGCUUCGAGGAGGAGCUACGAGCCUUCCAGACGCACUGUCGAGUCCCAUGAGGAGCCCACCGAGCGCACACGACUGCUCGACCGCCCCAGGCCGAUCAACGCUGAUGGCUACCUCGACCCAGAUGACCCAGCUGUAUCGCCUUACAACCUGUGGACGGUGCGUUUUAUGCGCUACCUGACCAUCCUCUUCCUCAUCAUCACUUUCCUGUGGUGGGUCAUCCUGCUGGUCUCCAUCUUCGUCUCGCCUCCCGGCCUGCACACUCGUGGAUCCGGCUUCUUCGACUUUGCCUACACCUGCCUGACUCUCGGCAACCUGCUCGUGCUAACGCUCUUCUUCGUCACCCCGGCCAAGGGACUGCGCAUCACCACCAUGAUCAUCGCCGUGUUCCUGGCCGUGGACAUGAUCAUCAUCCUGGCCGUCCCACGGCUCAGGCUCGAGGAGGGCUGGGUCGGCAUCGCAAGUGUCGUCUGGGCUCUCCUCAUGUCCGUCUGGUGUGUCCUGACCGACCGCGUCGUCGCGUAUGGCAAGAAGGAGGAGGAAGAGCGUCUGACUGGCCGUCCCGAGUCCCGCCGCACGCUGAAGGAGUGGCUGGCUGUCCUCGCCGCGACCGUGCUCACCGUCGUCUUCAUCAUCAUCGUCGUCUUGAUGACCGCCACGCUCACCAUCCGCUCCAUCGACUCCGGGCUCAAGAUGUACGGCGACCGCAUCCUCGUCGACGGCGACAAGUACGCCGUCCACCUGGCCUGCGUCGGCAAUGAGACCAACGCCAAGGGCGACAAGGUCACCACCGUCGUGCUCGAGGCUGGCGAGAACCCGGUCGAGUACGACUUGGAGCACUGGGCGUACGCCGCCUACAAGAACGAGACCAUUGACCGCUACUGCUACUGGGACCGUCCCGGCUACGCGUGGUCUGACAACGCUCCCUCGCCACACUCGGCUGGCAUGUCUGCCGACGCCCUCUCCGAAGCACUUGCCAGGGCUGGCGAGGAGGGUCCUUGGAUCCUCGUGUCCGCUGGAUCCGGCAGCAUUGUGUCGCGCAUCUUCGGGUCUCGUCACAUGAAGCAGGUCACUGGCAUGCUCCUCAUCGACCCGCUGCACGAGGAUCUCCUCCACCGCCUGUCCAGCCCCAGCCGCGGCUUCCUGCUCUGGGCGUGGGGAAUCAUCUCCCCGCUCGGCACCGUCCGUCUCGCCGGCGCCCUGUUCAAGGGCCGCACGAGCGCAGACCGCGUCUACGGCCGCAACGCGUACCAGGGCGGCAAGUUCAUCAAGGCGCAGCUGCAGGAGAACCUGGUCGCCGACUCGCUGACCAAGAACGAGGUCGUGUCCGCGCGCAACAUCCAGAGCGCCGACAUGCCCCUCGCCAUCGUCAGCAGCGGCAUCGAGUGCCGCCGCGACUCGGAGUGGGAGCGCAAGCAGAAGGACCUGACGUCGCUCACCGACAACCUCGUCAGCUGGGAUGUUGUCAAGAAGACGCCUCACCAGGUCUGGCACACGCUCGAGGGACGCGAGCAGAUGGAGAAGAGCCUCGCCAAGCUCGUCAAGGCUGCGUCCAAGACCAAGACUCCUGCAGAGUAA